AAUGAGCCGAAUUUAAUCGAAAUCGGAGGUGGGGGAGGUAUUCUGUAUAAUUACCAAAAAAGGAUUUGUAAAAAGACGUACCACGCUGUUAGAUUCAUGUAAAAAUAACUUAUAUGUGGUUGCUUUUGGAAUUUAUGUGAACUGAAAGCGAAGGAAUUAAUUAUCAUAAAUAUGAGGGAUUUUUACAACAAACUAUGCUUGUUAUUGUUAGAAGAAUCCUUUGGUCCUAUCAUAGGGCAGAUUGGUAAUAAUUUAUUGUACGGACCAAAAACGUUAUCUGCAAUAUGUUUUGGAACACAUUUAUCGAAAAUAAAGGUAAAAGAAGGACUAAGUAUCCUUAUAAAAUUUGGCUUUGUCACUUAUCACAAAAAUGAGGAUAAUUUACAUGUUGAGUAUGCCAUACACCAAAACAAAAUUAUUAUGAUUCUUCGCUAUCCAAGAUACAUACUUUUUGCAAAAACUUACUGUGGAGAUGACGGUGAAAUUAUGUUUGAAGAAGUAUUAAAGAACGGAUAUAUCACAGCAUCUGAAGUCAUAAUAAAAACAUACAAACGAAUUGAACAGGCCCCUUCUAAUUGUAUGUUCAAAACUACUGAUGAACCGCCCUCUGUCCCUGAUCUAAAAAAUGUAUUUGAGUUAUUAGUAAAAAAUCAAUUUUUAAUGAAUUGUACAUCUUUUGAUACAAUGUCAGAAGAUACUGAAAAACCUAAGUAUGACUUACCAAAUCUUGAUUUGCUAGCCAUAUCCCAAUCAUUGGAAGGACAAAAUGUUGCAUUUUCAGAUAGAAAAAUAUAUUGGAAGGUCAAUUUUGAUCGAUUUACUCAAGAUCUUAGGGAUCAAACUGUUAUAUCAGCUGUGACUCGAAAAUUUGACAAAGAAGCUGGAGAAUUAAUGAGAGAAAUGAUUAAUUUGAUGUACUUGCGAACUGCAUCUUGGGCAGAUACAUCGAAUCCAAUUCCGUAUACUGAGAUAAAAGAACAAGUGAAAAAGUUGAAUUAUGAAGUCCUUGAACGUUAUAUUGAUCAGUACUUGCGACUUUUAGAAGAAGAUAGUACACAAUUCAUCAAGCGAGUUGGCGAUUCUGGUGGCGGGCAGUACAGUGUUAACAUGAAGAACGCAUUCAAAGAGUUAACAUGGACAACUUUGGAAAAUAUUGUAACAGAAAGGUUCGGUUCCAAACCUGCAAGAAUUUUCAGAUUAGUUCGUUAUGAAGUUGAUGUUAGCUUGAACCAAAUCCAGAAGUUAGCGAUGAUUCCAGCUAAAGAAGCCAUAUUUUCAACAUAUAACUUGUCGCAGGAAAAUUACAUACAAACUCAACAGUUAAAGAGAAGUGGUACUUCAUCAGUACCACUACCUUAUCACUUCUGCAUCGAUUUAACUAAUGUUGUUGAAAUGGAAAUCGAACAUUGUUAUCAUGCAUUGUAUAAUAUUAUAACAAGACGGGAACAUGAAUCGAAUAGUAACAAACGUAUGAUAGAAAAGGAAUUGAGAGUACAGAUACUUUCUGCUAAUUUAAAGGAACAUGGCGCGACGGUACAACAAUUGGCUGAUAUUGCAGAAAUGAUGACACCAUCUGAAACUCAACAGCUUGAAAAAGCGCAAAAUGCGAUGAAAAAACUGGCGGCCACAGAGAUACAAAUAGAUGAAACCUUAUUAAUCUUAACCACGUAUUUUCGUUAUCAUUAAAUUGUUAUACUCUUCUAAUUCGUCAGUUUUUCUGCAUGACACGUGUAAAAAUAAAAGUCUUUAUUCAUUUA